GCAGUAUCACUAGAUUUCUGCACCACUCAUCAAAACUCUGCGGCAUGCAGACAAGAGCCGGGGGGGAGGGCAGUUCCUAGGUCUGUGCUCAGUGUAGGACCAGUGCGUUUUUCCCGUUGCUAAAUCGGUUACUUCAAACUCCAUUCUUUUGUACGUUUUAAGUUCAAGUAUACCUCUUUAAUUGCCUCUCUUCUUCCUAUAGACGCGCUACUACAUAAGGGCUCUCUCUGUCCUUCUCCGGUGUGUGGCCCAUUGUUUCAACCCGGCGCCCAUUGCAUUACAGUGCUUUUAUUAGAGCUCCGAACUUUGGUGACAAAAUGGCAAAGGCUGGGGAAAAAGGCGGCUGGAAGGAGUUUGUAUGGAACCCGAGGACCAGGGAGUUUCUGGGCAGGACGGCGAGCAGCUGGGGUCUUAUCCUUCUCUUCUAUCUAGUUUUCUACAUCUUCCUGGCUGGCUUGUUUGCACUCACCAUGUAUGUCAUGCUGCAGACCUUGGAUGACCACAAGCCAACCUGGCAGGACAGGCUCGCCACACCAGGCAUGGUGAUUAGACCCAAAGGAAGUGAGACCAUUGACAUUGUUUAUUCAAUCCAGAAAACUGAGACCUGGGACACAUACAUUCAGAUUCUGGACAAGUUCCUGUUACCCUACAACGACUCCAUCCAGGCCCAGAAAAAUGACGAGUGCACCCCCGACCAGUACUUUGUGCAGGAGGACAGCGGUGAUGUGAGGAACAACCCGAAGCGCUCCUGUCAGUUCAACCGCAGCUCUCUUUAUAACUGUUCCGGAUUAGACAACAGUCGCUAUGGAUACGAGGAUGGCAAGCCAUGCAUCAUCAUCAAGAUGAAUCGGGUGAUUGGGUUGCGACCAGGAAACAAUGGACAGGCUCCAUAUGUCACCUGUGGUGCAAAGAGAGAAGACUCUAACAAAAUUGGAGAGCUGGUGUACUACCCUCCAAAUGGCACUUUCAAUCUAAUGUACUACCCUUACUAUGGCAAGAAAGCUCAGGUGAACUAUUCUCAGCCUUUGGUUGCCGUCAAGUUCCUUAACAUUACUUUCAAUGAAGAUGUCAAUAUCGAGUGCAAGAUCAACGCCAACAAUAUUCCUGCCGGAAGUGAAAGAGACAAGUUUGCUGGAAGAGUGUCUUUCAAGCUGAGAAUCAACUCCAACUAGGUUUUCCUCUCCUGAACACGGCUUUCUUCGUUCUCUGCAGCAUUGCACAUACACAGAAACAAAUCACAGUUUUCACACCCUAUGUAGGAUUUGAUAAUCAUCCAGGUAGGUUAUGAGAGGAGUCAAGAAUAAAAGGGUGAUAAUCCUGUCAUUAUUCUGUCUGUGGGCUAUGGGACAAAUUCUUUUGUGUUAAUUAGUUUGAGGUGACAUCUAUUUAUACUGCAUGACAAACUAGGGGAUCUAAAGGAUGUGAAGAUGUUUUCAGAGUUUGCAAGAAUCAGCAACAUCACCACUUUACUGUUACUCCCCUCCUGCUGCCUCCUUUUAGAGUAUCCCUCUAUACAUAAAUAUACAUUAAUUACCAAAUACAAAAUACAGUAUACAGUAUCUAUACGGCAUCGUAACCUUAUAACAGUAAGUCUGUUUUGUUGCACUUAAAAGAAUAAUCCAGUAGACUCGUGUUUAUCUUGAUGGGUGGAUGCAGAGGUGAAGUCAUUUUGCAUGUGUGUGUGUGUUGUCUUUAGUGUGCUAUGAGGGCAGGAGGCCCCCAUGUCCCACCUCUCCGCAAAGUGUGAAACAAGGUUAUGAUAAACCACUGACCACCAGGAGGGACCACACUGUAAUCUUCUAAAGCUUGUGCACAGCAAGUACGCAUUUCAAACAACAUGGAGGGAGAUGGAUGUUUUGAAAAAAGCAGGAGUUACAGUCAAGGUCAAAAGCUUUAAGAGCGCGUGUUUAUGUGGUUGUGUGUGUGUUCUGUUCACUAUUCCCAUCUCAUACUGUAGGUCGGGAAAUUGCAUGCAAUGUGCAAUAUUCAUUAAGUGGUGUACCUUAUGAAUAUUUUAGUCCAAUCUUCAGAUGAGAACAUUUCUGUGAUAUUCACCCUGGUUGAUUGACCUGGCAGCAUCUUAGAAAACAGAUGGGUAUUGUUGGGUUGCGAGAAAAUGGUUGAAUCAGUGAUGCCAAAUGAACUAUAAGAUCAGAUGGUACAUGAUCAGUCAUGCCUCAAAUAACAACAAAAACAAAAACAGGACUCCCUCCCCACCCCCAGUACUCCCAGUCACAUAGUGGCUAAUCAAAAAUUUGGCUCCCAGACUAUGCUUACUAUCUAAAUCUGAGUAUCACAUGAAAACAGCAAAAAUUACCCUCCUGCGUGUCUCAGUUUUUAAUCAAAUAAAAAAUACUUUGUUUUUUAUGUGUUGCAUCUAUUUCAUGUAUAUCAGAAAUAGAUGCCAUUUUCAUAUUUUGUAUUGAUUUGCACUGGAAGUGCGCUUUUUUGCUGGGGUUUUUUUAUUAUUUAAUUUUUUGUGAAGCUGUUUUAAUCUACAGUAUGUACAGUUUUGGAGAAGAAGGGUGUAGAAAGUUUGUGUCUGUUCCCUUUGUUUCAUUCAUUCAUUCAUUCAUUCAUUCAUUUUCUACCGCUUAGUCCCUGAAUGGGGUCACGGGGGGGGCCGGAGCCA